AUGGCUUCUGUGCAUGCAUGGCAAUGCAAAAUUUUCACAAUGCUAUCCAUUGUCCCUUUCACACAAAAUGUCCUUGAUUGGAAAAUGACUAUGUUCGAGGAUGCCAACUCAAUGCUCAGUUCGAUCAUCAUGCAGAGCUUCUCUAACAAGCUGUGUACUGAAUACUUUGCUGAGCAUGGCAACAAGCCAAUACCAAUUGCUGUGGACCUCUUUGAUUGGGCAAUGAACAAGUGUACAGCUCAUUCUACCAUCAAAGGACAUGAACUUCUUGCAGUGACCCAUGAUUUGCAUUGGGAUCAAGUGGGCAGCCAUGCAUAUGACUUCCUCAUCAAAUGGGAGGCUCAUGUAUUGGAACUGCACACAUAUCUGCAGGACCCCUGGAAGCUGGACUACUGCUACAGGACCCUCAAACGAGCACUCCCUUUGGACUGGAAUGCUCUGUUCAACUCUGUGUUCAUCCUACACAAGAAAGUUCAUGGUAGGGAGCAGACUGUCAAGAGUGUCUCCAAUGUCCUACACCAGUGCUAUGAACUUGCUGCUGAAAACACCCCUGCAAGUCAUCAUCAUGUAGCAGAGGAGUCUGAACUCAUUGCAUUGUGA